AUGGCUGGUGAUGAUGGCCCCAUCACCCCAGAGGCACAAAUCGCACAUGUCUCUGUAAAACCACCCCCCUUCUGGAAAUCAAAUCCUACGCUAUGGUUUGUUAGGUUGGAGGCUCAAUUUUCAUUAGCUAAUAUAAUUACUGAACUAACAAAAUUUAAUCACGUUGUAGCAGCUCUUGACGCUGACGUACUAACCUCUGUCAGUGACAUACUAAUUACUCCACCUGACAAUCUUCCGUAUUCUGUUAUUAAAAAGCGCUUAAUAGAUUCGCAUUCCGAGAGCGAAUCUUCGAAAAUUCGCACAUUGCUUCAAGGUUUGGAAUUGGGCGAUCAGCGUCCCUCACAGUUACCUGCGCGCAUGCGUUCCUUAGCUGGCUCGUCCGUAGGAGAAGCGCUGCUUAAAUCACUAUGGUUGGGUAGAUUGCCAAACAAUACGCAAUCCAUUUUGGCAGCCCUAAAUCAAGAGCUAAACCAAUUAGCUAUCGUUGCAGACAAAAUUCAUGAAACUUGGAAUCCGCAUUCGAUUAACGCUGCAACAACGGAUAAACAACAAACCUCAGGCGAAAUGGAAGCUCAGAUAGCUCAAUUAUCUAAGCAAACGACGCAGUAA